ACAAAAGAGAAAGGGCGGGAAAAUACACAAGCAGGGUUGGGGCUUUUGUUACUACUCUCGCUGCCACAAAUCACAACUUCAGUUUGAACAGAGCUAAUCGAAAGAAUUUCACGACGAUGAACACUGACGGCCGGAAGUGGGACCGUCGAGAUAACAGAAUAUCCAAAAAGCAAAAACUUAUCCGCAGCGCCGAAGAAGAACUCGAAGUAAAGUUAGGGUUUGAUCUUUUCUCAGAAGGACAAAAGCGACUUGGAUGGUUACUCACUUUCUCAUCAUCGUCUUAUGAGGACGAGGAUACACGUAAAGCAUACAGUUGCGUUGAUCUUUACUUUGUCACACAGGAUGGGUCCUCAUUCAAGACAAAAUACAGAUUUCGCCCUUAUUUCUAUGUAGCUACAAAGAAUAAAAUGGAGAUGGAUGUUGACGCAUACCUGAGACGACGUUACGAAAGCCAAGUUGCAGAUAUUAAAAUUGUUGAAAAGGAAGACCUGGAUCUUAAAAACCACUUGUCUGGAUUGACAAAAUCUUAUUUAAAGCUUUCAUUUGAUACUGUGCAACAACUGAUGAAUGUGAAGAGUGACCUGAUGCAUGUUGUUGAAAGAAAUAAAGCAAAGUCUGAUGCUGCAGAAGCCUAUGAGUCUAUAUUAACAGGGAGAAGAGAACAAAAACCUCAAGAUUUUCUAGAUUGCAUAAUUGAUCUUCGCGAAUAUGACGUUCCUUACCAUGUUCGCUUUGCUAUUGACAAUGAUAUACGGAGCGGCCAGUGGUAUGAUGUCGGAGUGUCCAACGAUGGGGUUACACUUGAGAAGAGGACAGAUCUUCUACAGCGUGCUGAAGUUCGUGUUUGUGCAUUUGAUAUCGAAACCACAAAACUUCCAUUAAAGUUUCCUGAUGCUGACUAUGAUUUAGUUAUGAUGAUUUCGUAUAUGGUAGACGGGCAAGGGUAUUUAAUCAUAAACAGAGAGUGUGUUGGGGAUGAUAUAGAGGAUCUAGAGUACACUCCAAAACCUGAGUUUGAAGGGUAUUUUAAGGUGACAAAUGUUCAGAAUGAGAUUGAGCUCCUUAGAUUUUGGUUUUCUCAUAUGCAAGAGGUGAAACCUGGUAUAUAUGUGACUUAUAAUGGUGAUUUCUUUGAUUGGCCAUUCCUGGAACGACGGGCAGCUCAUCAUGGGUUCAAAAUGAGUGAUGAAAUUGGGUUUCAAUGUGACAUGAAUCAAGGGGAAUGUCGUGCUAAAUUUGCUCCCCAUUUAGAUUGUUUUGCUUGGGUUAAACGUGACAGUUAUCUCCCUCAGGGGAGCCAAGGCCUAAAGGCUGUAACAAAAGCAAAGUUGGGUUAUGAUCCAAAAGAGGUGAACCCUGAGGACAUGGUACGUUAUGCAAAGGAAAAGCCUCAGACGAUGGCUUCCUAUUCUGUUUCUGAUGCAGUGUCCACUUAUUACCUAUAUAAAACUUAUGUUCAUCCCUUUAUUUUCUCUCUUGCCACUAUAAUACCCAUGUCACCAGAUGAGGUUUUGCGCAAAGGCAGCGGGACCCUCUGUGAAAUGUUGCUUAUGGUCCAGGCAUACAAGGCUAAUGUUAUCUGCCCUAACAAGCACCAAUCUGAUCCGGAGAAGUUUUAUAAGAAUCAUCUUCUUGAGAGUGAGACGUACAUAGGCGGGCACGUUGAAUGCCUAGAAACUGGUGUAUUUAGAUCUGAUAUUCCAUGUAGUUUUACACUUGAGCCAUCUGGUUUUGAGCAAUUAAUCAACAACCUUGAUCGAGAUUUACAAUAUGCUAUUAAAGAAGAGGGUAAGAUGGAUUUGAAAUCUGUCUCAAAUUAUGAUGAAGUGAAGAAUGCUAUCACGGAAAAGCUUGUAAAAUUACGAGAUGCGCCGAUACGUGAUGAAUGCCCCCUUAUUUAUCAUCUGGAUGUAGCUGCAAUGUAUCCAAACAUAAUUUUAACCAACCGACUUCAGCCUCCAUCAAUUGUUACGGAUGAGAUUUGCACUGCAUGUGACUUUAACCGUCCUGGAAAGACUUGUCUACGCAAGCUUGAGUGGGUUUGGCGUGGAGAAACAUUCACGGGAAAGAAAAGUGACUAUUAUCAUCUAAAGAAGCAAAUUGAGUCAGAGUUUGUAGAUGGGGUGAAUGAAAGGUCAUCAAAAUCUUUUCUUGACCUGCCCAAGGCAGAGCAACAAUCAAGACUAAAAGAGCGUUUAAAGAAAUACUGCCAGAAGGCAUAUAAACGGGUACUUGACAAACCAGUUACCGAACUCCGUGAAGCUGGAAUCUGCAUGCGGGAAAAUCCAUUUUAUGUUGACACUGUUCGCAGUUUCCGGGAUAGGAGAUACGAAUAUAAAGGCCUUAACAAGGUUUGGAAGGGAAAACUAUCAGAGGCCAAGGCCAGUGGAAAUUCUUUAAAGAUCCAGGAAGCACAAGACAUGGUAGUGCUUUAUGAUUCGUUGCAACUUGCUCACAAGUGUAUUCUUAAUUCCUUUUAUGGAUAUGUAAUGCGCAAGGGUGCAAGAUGGUACUCCAUGGAAAUGGCUGGUGUUGUCACAUAUACUGGUGCAAAAAUAAUUCAGAAUGCUCGCUUGUUGGUAGAGAAAAUAGGAAAACCACUUGAACUAGACACAGAUGGUAUCUGGUGUGCUCUUCCUGGAUCUUUUCCAGAAAAUUUCACUUUUAAAACAAUAGACUCAAAAAGGAAGUUGACAAUCUCAUACCCUUGUGUUAUGCUUAAUGUUGAUGUGGCAAUACAUAAUACAAAUGAUCAGUAUCAGACACUCGUUCAAAAUGAGAAAAAUCCGAAUGAGAGAACUUAUAAAACUCAUAGUGAAUGCUCUAUUGAAUUUGAGGUGGACGGACCAUACAAGGCAAUGAUUAUUCCUACUUCCAAGGAGGAAGGAGUUUUAAUUAAGAAGCGAUAUGCUGUUUUUAACGAUGAUGGAACCCUUGCAGAGCUGAAAGGUUUUGAGAUCAAGCGCAGAGGUGAACUGAAGCUAAUCAAAGUUUUCCAGGCUCAGCUUUUUGACAAGUUUCUGCUUGGCUCAACCUUAAAGGAAUGCUAUUCAGAGGUUGCUAAAGUGGCAAACCACUGGCUUGAUCUUCUUGAUAACCAAGGAAAGGAUAUUGCAGACAGUGAAUUGCUUGAUUAUAUAUCAGAAUCAAGUACCAUGAGCAAAUCUUUAGCUGAUUAUGGUCAGCAGAAGUCUUGUGCUGUUACCACUGCUAAACGGCUUGCUGACUUUCUUGGUGAUACAAUGGUCAAAGAUAAAGGUCUUCGCUGUCAGUACAUAGUAGCAAGUGAACCUAAGGGAACACCUGUAAGUGAGCGUGCUGUUCCUGUGGCAAUAUUUGAAACUGAUGCUGAAGUAAUGAAGUUCUAUGUCCGAAAAUGGUGCAAGGUCUCAUCAGAUGUUGGCAUUCGAUCUAUAAUUGACUGGGCCUAUUACAAGCAACGGCUUAGUUCUGCAAUUCAAAAAAUUAUCACUAUUCCUGCUGCAAUGCAAAAGGUUGCAAAUCCUGUCCCUAGGGUUGUUCAUCCUGAUUGGUUGCAUAAGAAGGUCCGCGAGAAGGAAGACAAGUUUCGCCAAAGAAAAAUUGAUGAUACAUUUAAGUCAAUGAACAAGAAUGAGUACUCAAAAAAGCAUAAUGAUUCUAAUGUUACGGUUGAUGAGACUGUUAAUGACUUGGAGGACUUUGGAAAUAGGGGCAAGAUUUCUACAUGUGGACCUAGACCAAUUAUACGGCAUUAUGAAGCUAACAACGAGCAACCUCCGGUGAAGGUCAAUGGUCAGGAAGAUUCAGAGCCACAAGAUAUUGACAGUAGGCACAUGGAUCAACCACUUUCACUGUCCCAAGAAAAUCAAAUAUCAUGUGAAAAUGUUGACAGAACUGUAGAUUAUCAAGGAUGGCUUCAAAUAAAAAAGAGAAAGUGGAAAGAUAUGCUGGGAAGGAGAAAGAAGCAAAGAUUGGAGAGUUCAAAGAAAUCUGACCAUUUAAAUGGAAAUCUUGAACAAAUCAAUGGUAAUAUGAAUCAAGGCAGAAGUAAUGUCAGUUCAUAUUUUAGAAGGCACGAGGUAGUCCUAACACGGUGCCACUGGCAGAUAAUACAGCUAGUCCACAGUUCACAAGUUGGCCAGUUUUUUGCUUGGGUUGUUGUUGAUGGGGUUAUGCUCAAGAUUCCUGUUUCUGUUCCUAGAGUCUUUUACCUUAACUCUAAAUCACCAACUGAAGAAUUUUCAUGCAAACGUGUCAACAAGACUCUUCCUCAUGGAAGACAUAGUUAUAACCUGUAUGAGGUCACAAUUAAUGAAGUACAAUAUAGAGAAGAAAGCAAAAAACUUGCUGCCCUUCUAGCAGAUCCUGAUGUUGAGGGAAUAUAUGAAACGAAGGGGCCACUGGAGUUCAACACUAUAGUCCAGCUUGGUUGUGUUUGUAAGGUAGAUAAAACUGCUAAGAAACGUAGCUUACAAGAGCCAUGGAAGUUGAGUGAAUUGCACAUGAAAACCACAACAGAAUGUGCUUAUCUUGAACAAUCAAUAUCCUUUUUUUACUUAUACCAUAGCAUCUCAGAGGGACGGGCUAUAUAUGUUGGAUAUUUUCCUGGGUCACAAGCAAUAAACUUUGUGGUAGUUAAUCCCUACCAAAACAAGGACUUAUCACCAAUUUUUCUUGAAAGGCAAUUUCGCGAUGCUUGCAGAGCUUUGUCUAUUGAGCCACCUCCGAUGAAUGGCAUUAAUUUUAAAGUGGAAUAUGUUGCACUUGUCAAAGAUGCUGAAACAGUACUGCAAAGCGCAAUAAAUGACCACAGGAGUGAACAUCAUGGGCCGAUGGUCGCUGUCAUUGAAUGCCCAGAUGUUCAACUAUUAAAACUGGGUAUUCGAGCUCUAGAUGAUUUUCCAUGCUUGAGUAUUCCUUCCAAUGCACGUGAUAGUCAGUAUCAGAUUCUUGGAUGGCAACAAGUUGCUGCUAAACUUGGAAUGCAACGAUGUGCAGCAUCAGUCCAGUGGCUAAAUGAAAGAAUUGCUCUAUCAAGAUAUGCCCAUGUACCACUCGGGAACUUUGAAUUUGACUGGCUUAUAUUUACAGUCGAUACCUUCUUUUCUAGAGCAUUGCGUGAUAAUCAACAGGUACUUUGGAUAUCUGAUGACGGUUUUCCAGAUUUGGGUGGCAACAACGGUGAAGAGAACUGUUUUUUGGACGAGGUCCGCCAACCUGUUUGUACGUUUCCUGGAGCUUAUAGAAAAGUUACAGUGGAGCUAAAGAUACACCACCUGGCUGUAGAUGCCCUUCUAAAAUGCAACCAAGUUAAUGAAAUGGAAGGAGGUGCUUUGCUAGGAUUUGAUGAUGGAUUCGAUGCUGAAGCAUUUCCCGUGAUUGGUCAGAAUGGCUUUGAUGAGUCUACUUCAUGUGCACAUGCCUUUCGAGCCCUAAAACAUUUGAUCCAGCGGUGCCUUGCAGAUGCAGUCACUUCUGGAAAUGUUUUUGCUGAUGCAAUAUUGCAACAUCUGUAUAGAUGGCUUUGCAGCCCUCAAUCAAAACUUCAUGAUCCUGCUCUUCACCGGCUACUCCACAAGGUCAUGCAAAAGGUCUUUGCAUUGUUGUUGGCAGAGUUCCGCAAGUUGGGUGCAACAAUUGUAUUUGCAAACUUCUCAAAGAUUAUUAUAGACACGGGGAAAUAUGAUCUGUCUACAGCCAAAGCAUACUGUGAUAGUUUGUUAAGAACUAUACAAUCUAGAGACCUAUUCGAAUGGGUUGAGCUUGAACCACUGCAGUUCUGGUGCUCAUUGCUAUUCAUGGAUCAGUAUAACUACGGUGGAAUACCAGCAAAAGCUGAUGAAGCAAUGGAUGAUGAUUCUGAAGUUGAUAUAAUAUCAAGCUGGAAUAUUGCCGAAUACUUGCCGAAAAAAAUCCAGGACCAUUAUGUAUUCAUUGUUUCACAAUUCAUGUAUAUUCCUUGGAACUAUGCACGAAUAGAAGCAGCAAACAGGGCUUCGGCGCGGAAUGGAGACUCCUGCACCCCGUCAAUUAAUAUUAGUGCUGCGGAGGCUUUCGAAUCAAAAAUAACUGAAUAUAUUAAAGGGCAGAUUAGCUCUUACUUCACUGAAAAACUCCUUGGAGUUGUUCGUGAUAUUGUUCUUCAUAUGAAGGGGAUGGGCAGAUCAGAAGCUGACCAGAGUUCAUCAUCUGGCCUUCCCCAGCUUAUGGAUGAUCUCCAUAAAGGGGAUGCAGCCUUGGAAUUUAUCAAGCAUGUCUGUGCUGUCCUUGCCCUCGACCAAAGUGUGCAGCAUGAUGUCCAUGUCAUGAGAAAAAAUUUGUUAAAAUAUGUUCGUGUCAGGGAGUUUGCUCCAGAAGCACAGUUUCGUGAUCCUUGUCAUUCCUUCAUCUUACCCAAUGUCAUCUGCAGCUAUUGUAAUGACUGCAGAGAUUUGGAUUUGUGCCGUGACCCGGCUUUAUUGACGGAGGAGUGGCGCUGUGCCGUACCUCAGUGUGGCCAGCCUUAUGACCGUCAGGUGAUGGAGAAUGCUCUUCUUCAAAUUGCACGACAAAGGGAGCGGCUUUACCACUUGCAAGAUCUGGUGUGUGUCAGGUGCAACCAGGUGAAAGCUGCCCAUUUGGCCGAGCAAUGUGCAUGUGCAGGCUCAUUUAAGUGCAAAGAAGAUGUAAGGGAAUUUCGCUCAAAGAUGCAAGUUAUCUUGAACAUAGCUACCCGACAGAAAUUCCAACUUCUCCAAGAGGUUACCUCCUGGAUAUUAGAACUUAAAAUUUAAGAUGUGCAGAGUAAUACUCGGUGUAGACAACAGAUCUCUGCAACUUGCUCCUAGUUGAAAGCAAUGAAUGCGCUUCCCUGGUUUGGGAAAAAGCGUCGAAACCUGCUUUGCUUAUUAUUUUCAUCACUACCACAUUAUACAACCCUGUACGGUGAGCUCACUACUGAAAGCAAUUCUUUUAUUCCAUGAUCAUUGAGAUGUAUAUGUAUAUGUAUAAUGUAUAUAUGAAUGAUAGUUUUGGAAAAACAAUGUACAUUAUUGAUAAUUUUACCUUGUUUUUCUUAA